CACAAAUACCCUUUCUAGCGUUGCGACCAAUCGCGCUGCGCCGGUGACGCUGCGGAGGGCCGUCCGUCCGCGCGCCUGCAUUCAUAAACGGAUGUGAUAAGUGUUGAAUGUACUGUACAGAGACGAAACUCGGACCAUGGCGGAAGAAGACGACACGAAAAUCCGGAUUUUGCAGAGUCUCCGAGGAAAGAUCUGCGAAGCAAAGAAUCUGGGUCCGAGCUCAGGGCCGAACCGUCUCCGUGACCUCUGCACAUUCUGUACCAUCAGUCUGGACCAGGAGGAAGUCUACCGCACUAAAGUCUACGAGAAGAGCGUCAGUCCGUUCUAUGGAGAGGACUUCUACUUUGAAAUUCCCCGCCCGUUCCAAUGCCUGUCCUUCUAUGUAUACACCAAGAGCAUGUUUCAGAAAGAUCAACCUGUAGGAAAAGUAGCCAUCAGGAAGGACGAUCUAUACAAGUACAGCGGAAAAGAAAACUGGUUUCACUUACAGCCUGUGGAUCCACAUUCAGAAGUUCAGGGGAAAGUUCAUUUAGAAAUGAAGCUUAAUGAAUUGAUCACAGAGACGGGAACUAUUUGCCAGCAGCUCGUGGUUCAGAUUAUUGCGUGUCAAGGUUUGCCGUUGAUAAGCGGGCAGAACUGUGACCCGUAUGCCACAGUAACACUCGUAGGACCAGCCAGGUCUGAUCAGAAAAAAACUAAAGUCAAGAAGAAAACCAGUGAUCCUCAGUUUGAAGAAACCUUUCACUUUGAGUUUCCGCAGGUCACAAGGACCAGCAGUUAUAAGGCAAGAUCACAUUUUCAAGUGGAAGAGGAAGACAUAGAGAAACUAGAGAUCAAGGUCGAGCUGUGGAAUAACGGUAACUUGGCACAGGACGUGUUUUUAGGAGAGACAAGGGUUUCUGUGAAAAUCCUGAGAAAUGACCAUGUGCACAGAGCCUGGUACUUGCUGCAGCCUAAAGGCAAUGGUACGAAGUCUAAGCCAGACGAUCUUGGUUCUUUACGUCUGAAUGUAACGUACACGGAGGACAACGUCCUGCCCUCUGCCUGCUACAAUGCCCUCCGCAACCUAAUGCUCAAAUCUCCAGAUGUCAAGCCCAUUUCUGCGUCAGCGGCGCAUGUUCUUGGAGAUAUUUGUAGGGAGAGUGUAGGGUAUGAAGCAUUGCUCCCUGUGGUCAGACUGCUUCUCCAUCACAACAGACUGCUGACCUUCCUCACGGGUGUAGCUGCUCUGGAGCUGGAGAAUACACAAGAGGCUAACACCAUAUUCAGAGGGAAUUCUCUGGCCACCCGCUGCAUAGACGACAUGAUGAAGAUUGUGGGCCGAAGUUACUUGAUUGUCACCCUCAAACCUGUUCUCAAUGAGAUCUUUGAAUCGAAUAAAACCUGUGAGAUUGACCCCAUCAAAUUAAAAGAGGGCGACAAUGUGGAGGUCAAUAAGGAGACUCUUCAGGGCUACGUUCAGAAAGUUUUUACAUCUAUAACACAGUCUAGCUCCAGCUGUCCUCCUUUAAUGUGUGACGUUUUCAGGUCGCUGCGACAGCUUGCAUCGAAACGCUUUCCAGCUGAUCCUCAUGUGCAGUACUCGGCCGUCAGUAGUUUUAUAUUUCUGAGGUUCUUCGCUGUUACUGUUCUCUCUCCACACACGUUCCAGUUGCGCUCUCAUCAUCCUGACCCUGAAAUUUCCCGUACUCUAACUCUCAUCUCGAAAACCAUCCAGUCUUUGGGCAGCUGGGGCAGCCUAUCCAAGAACAAACUGUCUAGCUUUAAAGAAACGUAUAUGUACGACUUCUUCAAGUUAUUCCAAGAAGACGAAUGCAUAGAAAAGGUUAAAAAGUUUUUAGAUGAGAUCUCGUCUAAUGUGAGUAAAGAAUCCAGCGGCGUUGAGGAUUUAUUUGUGUUGAAGGAGGGUGAGGUACAUAAGCGGGCCCAGGGCAGAAAACGAAUAGGAAAGAAGAACUUUAAGAAACGCUGGUUACGAGUUACCAACCAGGAGUUGUCCUACCACAAGCAGAAAGGGAAAGAAGCGUUGUGCAUCAUUCCUGUGAAAAACAUCCUCGGAGUCGAGAAACUGGAUGAAAGUGCCUUUAACCGCAAAAAUAUGUUUCAGGUAAUCCUUUCAGAAAAGCCUCUAUAUGUUCAGGCUGGGAACUGUGUGGAGGCAAACGGUUGGAUCGAAGUGUUAAGUCAGGUGAGCCGCUGUAACCCGGGACGGCUCAGCGCCUUUCACCUCUCUGCUUAUGUCAGUGGAUCCUGGUUUUGCUGCAAGGAAGCAAAUGAAAACGCUCCAGGCUGUAAACCCUGCACGGCAACAGUGUUGGCUAACAUUCAACUGGACAUCGACUGUGACCGAGAAACAGAGAGAAUCUUCUCCUUCUUCUCAUCAAACCUCUCCAGACUGCAGAAGAUGGAGGAUGCCUGUGCCGGUAUGUCCGUGUAUCUCGGUCAGCAGAAAGAGCAGGAGGAGUAUUCGGCCUUCACUAUACAGGACCCGAAAGAGACCUUCCGUACUAUUACUGAGCUCAGAUCCGUGCUGGAGGACCUUCAGGCUCAUCACGACUUGAAGGGGGCGCUGACCGAUGAGCCAGGCACUAUUGAGAAUCCUAUUGUGGGAAAGACUGCAUAACACUGUGGCUGCAGGACCAAGUGAUACUGAUACAGCCACACCAGCAGAUGGCGCUGUGUUGGUCGACAUGUAGCGGCAGAACCUCUGAGAAUAUUCAGAGAAGUGCCGCCAGCGUCCACAGGUGACUGAAUCAAACCUCUCCAGAUAAUAGGUCUUCUGGCCAGUCGAAAGUGGAAUGUCUGUGAGUCCCUAUCAACGGAAACAUCUAAGCUCUUUUCUGUGUGUGUCCAUCUCAUCUCAGUCUUAUAUCAGUUGUUUAGUAACCUCAAGCACUGGUCGGCACAGUGCGAAAAGAUUCUCAUCACUUCUUAUUCAUUCCUAACCAGUCUGUGAAAGUCCAGACAUCACCAAUUUGUCUGAGAAAUUAUAGCUGCUAAAAUCCUCUAUGAAAGAACUUAAUCUUUGAUUUUUUUUAAUGCUUCGUCCAUCAAUGAAUAAUCCUACAGUCCUUUCACACAGUCAGAUUAACUCUGUCAAAGGGAAUUUUUGUAUUUUUAUUCCUUUAUGCCAUUUCCGUGAGUGUGUGUAUGAUUUUCUAUAUGUGAUGGAUAGAAUGAAUCUGCCUUAUAAAUUCAGUAGAGGUACUAACAGUCCCACACUCGUGUCUGAAUUAGGGAGUAAAGCAGAAGCACUUUAGAUAUUUGGAUUAUUCCAAAUGAGUUCGUUUUAGAUACGUGGUAUCACUCUUUUUUCCCAAUAUUGAUCAGUUAAAUGAUCAGGUUCUGUAGAUAACCUUCAUAUCCUGUAGAUUUUUUCUAGCGAUUUUUCAUACGCCAAAGAAGUUGUUUUGUAGGUUUUCAUGACUUGAAAAGGGUACAUGUGUAGUUUUCUAAAAUGACAGAAAUUUUAAAUACAGAAAAUGGAUAUCUAUAUUUCAUUGACGUAUGUUUUGGGGGCAUCAUACAUUUUGAUACACCAUGAAGAAAAUUUCAAUCAAUCAACUUUCGUAAAUGUAUUUUCUCAUAACAAAUGUUUCCAUAUUUUUUGGUACGCUGUGAUAAGCUCUGUGCCAAAACCUAGCAAGCCUGCCGACAUUUGAAUACAGGUACGCUCCUCGAAAGGAAUCUCAUAAUGCCUUGCCACAAAUGAAGCAAAAUGUGAAGACUGUCACCCAAUGUUUUGUGUAUUUUUUAAGUUUUUAUUAGAGUAUCACAAUGUUAGUUUAGCAACAUGCUGACAUCAAACUUUAUUGGAAUAAAUUGUGAAAGAGUAUUUGUGUGAAGUACACAAAUUUCAACAUUACAAAAUGACAAUUAAUUAACACAUUAGUCAUAUGUGAUGUCAAUGACGCUUAAGAUUGUCCAUUAAAUUGUAGCUGCCUAUGUAGGCAGUAGACAGCAAGCAGCUCACUAAGGUUUGAAACAGAGCUGUAAUCCUAGUUUUUAUGUGAAGUCACAAUCGCAUGUGUCACGUCUGUGAUGUCACAGCAGUGCUGUAAUGUUUUGUGGGAUUGUCCUGUCCUGUCCUGCCCCUCUUACCAACUUGCUGAUCAUUACAGUGGUAUGACUUUAUUUUACCGUCUUGUUCUGACUAUGUACUUACCAUUGAACGAUUUAGGUAACGACCCUGAACCUAAACCUAACCCAUAGUGAGUACAGGGUGUUUGGUAGUGUAAGUACAUUGUAAGUGCAUGUACUGUCAAACAAAAUGAAACCAUUACAUGUCUUUAUCUUUCCUGUAGCUCAGUGGUAAAAGCAUGGCGUUAACAACACCAAGGUCUUGGGUCCCACGACCUUGUUAUUCGAACUUAACAAGUGUAUAGGAUAAUGCAAUGUAAGGCGCUUUGGAUAAAAGCGUCCGCAAAAUGCAUAAAUGUGAAUGUCUGCACAUCAUAUACAUCUAAAAAUAACCCUGUGGUAAAAACCCAAUCACAUCAGUUUUGUGUGUCUUUGCUGCAAUGUAUUUGCAGACUGUUAGGUGCUGUUUGCCUUUUUGUUUACUACAUACAUACAGCCGCAGAAAAAAUUUAGACCAUUUCAAUUUUGCCAGAAUUUUGUAUUUAUAGGUGUGUGUUUAGUUAAUAUUAAUAUUAAUUUUUGUUUCAUUCUGUGAACUAGCAAUAUUUCUCCCAAGUUUGAAAUCAAAAUAUUAUUUCUAUUUGCAUUUAUUUGCAGAAAAUGAAAACUGAAAUAAGACGAAAUAAGUGAAAAUAACAGACCUCAAGACACGAAAUACUGCAAAAAACACGUUCAUAUUCUCUUUUAAGCAAUACAACAAUCAUAUUUCUACAUGUAUUUAGGACAAGAAAAAAAAUGUGAUAACUGUUUUAAUGUGUCUUGUCAUUCUCUCAGUCUUUGAUGGAUGACAUUGACACAACUUGAAAUUCAACAGACACUGGGAUGAAAUUACCAUCUAGAAAUGCUGAUUAAAUGAAAAUUUUGAAUGGUCUCUUAAUUUUUUCCGCGGUUCCUGUAAAUCAGUUAUUCUCAUACUGCUGCAUUAUGAUCCAAAAACAGCUCUUAGAAAUCAGGGAACUUUGUCUAAAGUUGUCAAUCUGCAUCAUCAUUAAAAAGUAAAGGAAAAAAAUGAACAUAACAAAAGGGACGAUUAAACACUUUACAUAUUUUUGGUUAUUUCUGUACAAUCAAACUGUGGCAUUUUUACUUAAAUUCAUUGUUGGAUAGAAGCUAAGCUAAAUGACAAAAAAUCUGGUUGCAUGACAAUGUUUUCAUCUUUAAAAAGAGUUAGCAAAACUAUGCAAAGUACAGGAAUCUACAACCCUGAUAAGAUUAAGUAUCUGUUUACCAAUGGAAGUUUUGUGAAUUAUCCAAGCAUGUUACCAUUGAAAUCUGGUAUGACAAUUUUGGGUCCUAAAGCAAAAUCAGUGGAGAAGCACUGGCGCAGACAAACUGACAGCUAGCAUAUAGCUACAUGUUAGCAUGCAAGUAUGUAUCAAAUUGAAGUGUCUUACCUUUUACGUUUCUUAAAAGACAACUUUCCAAAAUAAAAUAAAAUGAUUUGAAAAAGUAAUCGGAAAGAAGAUCCAAGGUUCAUCAAAAACUACUAGAUGAAUUCAGCAUUGAUAAAAAAUGAUGCAACGUUCCCAAUCCAGUUAAAAUGUUGAAUGUCAGAAUAUACGUUUGUAUUUGAUCCAUCAAAUGUGUGUCAUUUCUAUAUGUUUAUCUUUUGUCAUAUGUGUGAUGUUUAGAUUUGUAUAGCACACUGUAAAGUCUGUGUAUUGAUGGAUAGGAAGAUGAAUCUUCAUGUGGUACACUGAGGCUUCAGCACAAAUGUGGGAGUGAUGGACCUUCAUUCAUAACUGUGGUAAAGCCACUUUAGUUCACUUUGCACUGCGCCACAGGCCUGCUAUAUUCUUUAGGUUAAUCUGUACUCAUUCAAUGCCCACCAUCUUUCAUCGUCUGGGCAUACAUUCAUACAAACUCAACAUGCAGAGGACAUUUCAACCAGUAUCCAGUGGCCUUUAAGACACCCAUUACAGUCUAAAGAUUAGUCUAUAACUUUCCAAGUUUAGCACUUAGAACAAUGCAGACAAUUAAAUUUUUUCUUGAAGUUUUUAACUGAACGGUACAAAUCUACAAUCGCCCUGUUGAAAUGGUUGCUUGUGUUUCACAAAUGUGUAAGUCUUUUGAAAACCGUGUUGUUUGAAUAAUGCAUUUCUUAAAUUAUUAUAUUUUUAGAUUGAUAAUAUAGGUCUGUAAAACUGCUAUAAAUAUUUGCACAGAUUUGACCACUUGUUUGUUUUUACUCCUGAUUUUCUUCCAGCGUAUUACUAACUGUACUUGACAUGUUUGCUUCAUUUUGUUAUUUAAAUGUUUUAUACUAUUAUUUUCACAAUACGAGCUCACAUAAUUCCUCUGUUAUUAGUCCUGCGGAAUUAAUUUGCAAUAAAUCUAUUGUUUGUGCG